AUGUGCCCGCUCCGCCUGCGCUGCCUCGCGCCCUCGCCUGGAUCUCGCAGCGCAGGCACGCCUCGUCGCCGUCUCCCCCAUCGGCGUCGUGCCUCCCCCAUCGGCCGUCGGCAUCGUCCCCCGCGGCCCCGCGCGCUCUCGCCGUCUCGCGGGCAGCACCGCAGCAGCCGCUGUUGGCCGCCGGCCGCCGCUGCGCUGUGCGCCUACCACUGCUGGGCUGCGGGCUGCACCGCUGCCGAGUCAGGCGGCCGGCAGGUCAACAACAGCCAGCCGCCCAACCCAGCAGAGCAGGCAGCCAUAGCGGCACAGGUAGCACCCAGCACCAGCAGUCACAACUCGACAGCAGUGACCAAAUUGAGUUUGCACAAUGAAGAGGAGCACGACUAUGCAAUCUUAUUUUGCACGUGUCCCCCUGCCACACAACAAAAUGUAGAUGUAGUGGAUGAUGGCUCUCCACCUUCAGCUCCGGAACAAGAAACAAAUCAAUCUCCUCCACCUCCAUCUCAAGGUACAGAACAAAAUACAGCUGGGACUAGAGUUAGUGCUGCACAAGUCCAAUUUGAUCCUCUUGUCAUUGCUAUAGAGUCAAGUGAGCCUCCUAAUCUAGAACAGGGAACAGUAGGAAUUGAGGAGGAGAUUGUAGAUCAGGAUUCGAAUCAUGUGCUUGAUCGUGAUGAAGAUAUUAUUGUAGAUCCUGGCCUUCGGAAACCAAUUGAUGAAAUGCUAUGUUAUAUUGAACGAGAAGUAUUUCUGAAGCUAAAAGAUGAUGACAUCUUACAUCAUUUUCAUGAAUGA